CGGCCCGGCUGUAAGAAAGUCACCCGCUAAUUGCCUUAUGACUAUGUCAAUCAAAGUGGUUCACGCCCACUUACAUUGCAGCAUGGGCUAAUGGUUAUAAUGUAAGAAAAUACAGAUACUGUAACGAAAAAAGACGUUUUCGGAGGAAGAGGAAAAAAGACAUCGCUAUCCAGUGAUAAAUGGCAAAGUGACGCGCCAUGCCGAUUGUGGAGAAGCUGAAGGAGGCCCUGAAGUCGGGCCGCAAGGACUCAGCGGAGGAACCCGGCGACCUGCACAAGCUGCUCACCUCCUCAGCCCGAAAGGUGCUGCUGCAGAAGAUCGAGUUCGAGCCGGCCAGCAAGACUCUCUCCAGCCAGUUGGAGGCACUCAGGAGCAAAUACGUCAUCCUGAACCCUAACCCUCUGCCCAGGAUUGAGGGCGCCGUGGGACAGAAGGCCUUAGAGUCCGGCCUGAUCAAGAAGCAGGUCCCGGAGAGCCAGGGCGAUGGGAUCCCAGCCCCGCAGAAGGUGCUUUUCCCAGGCCACAAACUGUCCAUGCGAUGGGAACGAGUGUACAGGGUGGGGGCCGGCCUCCACAACCUGGGCAACACCUGCUUCCUCAACUCCACGGUGCAGUGCCUGGCCUACACGCCGCCACUCGCCAACUACCUGCUCUCCAAGGAGCACAGCCGCGCCUGUCACCAGUCUGGCUUCUGCAUGAUCUGUGUGAUGCAGAACCACAUCAUCCAGGCCUUUGCCAACACAGGCAACACCAUCAAGCCUGUGUCCUUCAUUCGGGACCUGAAAAAAAUCGCACGUCAUUUUCGCUUCGGCAGUCAGGAGGACGCCCAUGAGUUCUUGCGCUACACCAUCGACGCCAUGCAGAAAGCCUGUCUGAGCGGAUAUGGCAAGUUGGACAGGCAGACUCAGGCUACCACGCUGGUUCAUCAGAUCUUUGGAGGCUACCUCAGGUCACGAGUCAAGUGUUCAGUUUGUAAAAGUGUGUCGGACACCUAUGACCCUUACCUCGACAUCGCAGUGGAGAUCCGGCAAACUGCAAACAUCGUGCGAGCUUUGGAGCUGUUUGUGAAACCGGACGUCCUGAGUGGGGAGAACGCAUACAUGUGUGCCCAGUGUAAGAAGAAAGUGCCUGCAACGAAGCGCUUCUCCAUCCACCGCACCUCCAACGUGCUGACCCUCUCCCUCAAGAGGUUCGCCAACUUCAGUGGCGGCAAGAUAACCAAGGAUGUCGGCUACCCUGAGUUUCUGAACAUCAGGCCCUACAUGUCCCAAAGCUCAGGUGAUCCAGUCAUGUACGGCCUCUACGCGGUCCUGGUGCAUUCUGGGUACAGCUGUCAUGCCGGACACUACUACUGUUACGUCAAGGCCAGCAACGGGCAGUGGUACCAGAUGAACGACUCGGCAGUGCAUCCCAGCAGCAUCAAGGCCGUCCUGCAGCAGCAGGCCUACGUGCUCUUUUACCUGAGAAUUCCUGAAACCAAGAAGACGGUGGAUGGUCUUGGGGCGAAGCAGGCAGCAAUGCAUUCUGGGAAGAGCAGCCUUACUCCCGAACAGCUGAAGAAAACCAUUGUCAACGGACCCCUGUCAUCCCCUCAGGUGACUAAGAAGCAGCUGGAGUCCUCACAGCUCCGAAAGGUUCAGUCCCUGGAUGGUGUAGGCGGGAUUGCCAUGGCAACACCCAGGAAAGGUUCCCUCGGCCAGUCGCCCACCCCGCUUGGCUCCGCCAAACAGCCAGGAGGCUCCCCACUGGCUGAGGAGCUCCUGAAGAAGGUGAAGAAGCCUCUGGGUCAGCGGCAGGCAUCCGAGAGGCCCCCGGGCCCCUCCCACGGGCCGGGCCGGGUGGAAGGCAGGUGCCUGGCCACCUCAGCCUCCAUGAAGUCUCUCUCCGAUUCCUCCACCUCUUCCUCUACUUCCACCUCCUCUUCUGUCAACUCCUCUGAGUCAAAGGAGUCCGUCAGCAGGGUGGUGUCGCGGCGCAGGGACUCACUCUGCCCACGAAGUGCGAGCUCCUCCAGGGGCGGGUCCUUGUCCUCCAGCUCCGACGAGCAGCCGCCCCUCCCCCAGAAUGGCACGGAUCCUGGCAGGGCCCCGGCGGAGGGCCCGGCAACUCCGAAACUGAAACCGCGGGCCCUCACCAAUGUGGCUUGCGAGGUUGCCAGUGCCAUGUCUCCCCCACCCGCCAAGAAGCUGGCCCUGUCUGCCAAGAAGGCCAAGAGCAGUCGGGGUCCUGCCAGCAGUGAGGACCCGCCCCCCCCUCUCUGCCCCCCACCCAGUGACCCCACACAUCCAGCUCAACUGUACCUUUUGAACUUUGACCUUCUCACCCACAGGACCAGGACCGUCCCCUUCCAUUGGCGUUCCUCCACCGUGCACGGCCAAUCCCACGUGCCGAGCCCCCCCAGCCCGCAUCCACAUUACCGCCACGCCCCCUCUCCGCGGCCAAAAGGGUCCCUCUGCAGCAACAGCCAGGUUCCUCAGAACCAAGAUACCCCUGGGGAUCAAUGA